CUCAGCGGCGCCACCUCCUUCCUGGUUGGCUCUGGAACGCGGCCCGGAGCCUGCGCCCUGCUCCUCCUCCAGAGGACUGCUCCGGGCUGUGGCCCUUUCUCCUCCAGUCGCCGCGAUGUCGCUCGCCAUCCUGGUCCUCCGGCUGGUUGUCGGCAUCCUGGCGUUUCCCAUGUAUCUGCUGAACCUUUUAGGCAUGUGGAACUGGAUAUGCAAAAAGUGGUUUCCCUACUUUCUGUCGCGGUUCACGGUGACGUACAACGAGCAGAUGGCGAGCAAAAAGAAGGAGCUUUUCAGCAACCUGCAGGAGUUCGCGGGCCCCUCGGGGAAGCUGUCGCUGCUGGAGGUGGGCUGCGGCACCGGGGCCAACUUUAAGUUCUAUCCCCCCGGGUGCAGGGUGACCUGUGUCGACCCUAAUCCUAGCUUCGAGAAGUUCCUGUUCAAGAGCGUCUCAGAGAACCGGCAGCUGCAGUUCGAGAGCUUCGUGGUGGCGGCCGGGGAGAACAUGAGCCAGGUAGCUGAUGGCUCCAUGGACGUGGUGGUCUGCACCCUCGUGCUGUGCUCGGUGAAGAACCAGGAGAAGAUUCUGCGCGAGGUGUGCCGAGUGCUGAGGCCGGGAGGCGCUUUCUACUUCAUGGAGCACGUGGCAGAUGAGCGGUCCACCUGGAAUUACUUCUGGCAGCAGGUUCUGGAUCCUACCUGGUUCCUUCUGUUUGACGGAUGUAACCUAACGAGAGAGAGCUGGAAGACUCUGGAGCAGGCCAGCUUCUCGAAGCUCAAGCUGCAGCACAUCCAGGCUCCGCUGUCCUGGGUUUUGGUGCGACCCCACAUCUACGGGUACGCUGUAAAAUAGUGGGAGGGGCACAAGGCCGAAUUCCUGCCAGAGCUCAAGGCUUCAGUUUAGAUGCAAACUUCCACCUGGGGGAGGCGAAGUCCACUUCAUUCUGUUUAACCCUUUCUACAUUCUCUCUCAAAACCAAAUCAAAGUGGCUUUGAACCUCCUUCAAAGCGACCAAUGGUCUCUAAGCCUUUGAUAAUAAGGCAACCAAUAGCUGGCAAACCGAACAAAUCAACUCCAGCUAACUGAAAAUCCACGUCUGACUAACAGAAAAUGAAAUCUGAACCCACUUGCUGCUCUGGUGUCUCUGCUCCGGCUUUCGCUGCCCUGUGUGCUCAGGCCAGCAGCUUUCUGUCUUUUGGUUCAGUGUUUCACCAAAUCCUGCUGCACCACACGGUUUGUAUGCGUGCACCGCACCGAUGCUCCGGCGUCACCGCAGGACUGCACCCGGCCACUGGCAUUCUGGGGUCAAUUAUCCGGCACAUGCUUUGUUGAACAUAAGAGACUCUAGGCAGCGAAAGGGCGGCCCCUGCAUUGGGGAAAAUGGGCACACCGUGCGGGGGACUCUAAGUGCAACCCGUAAAUGUAGUGGGCAGGGCCUGGGGGAUUCUUCUGACCAAAUUCCCCUGGCACUGAACUGGGCGAGGUGGUGCACGCCUUUAAUCCCAGCACCUAAGAGGCAGAUUUCAGUAGAUCUCUGAUCUCUGGGCCAGCCUGGUCUACAGAGUGAGUUCUAGAACAGCCAGAGAGACACAAGAAAAUCUUGGGGGAGGCGGUGGAGGAAAAAGCCCACUGGUCCUGGAAGGAAAGCACGGAUAUCAUUGUGUAUGCACUAAGAACGAGUCUGGGUGGGCCACUCGAGGGUCUCAGCUACAGUUUGUAUGUAUGUAAACAAAUAUAUUUUCUGAGAUGCAGAAGUCCUAUUUUGAACAUCAAAUCAAUAAAUUCAUAUUCCUUUAAGAAAUGGAAAUAGUCUA